GGCCUGCUGAUUACAUUACGAGUGCACUGAGCAUGCGAACACCGGCAUGGUGUGGCGUCUGCUAAGCUUGUUCUUGAGCGCGCUCGCUGACUUGAAUGAGACGGUCGUCAUCGAUCACUGGUGUUAAUUUAUUUUUCGUUUGCUUAGUAUUUUUUUACUUGCCAGCGAGAUAUUGACGCGAUAUACAUUAUGUGCAAGGAGGAGAAAGGCACUUCCAAGUUGCCGGUAUAUGGAUGGGAUGAAAUUCGGAAGCAUGCAGACAAAAACGACAGAUGGUUGGUGGUGGAUGGACGAAUUUACGAUGUAACAAGGUGGGCGAAAAAACAUCCAGGUGGUGAGAGAAUCAUUGCUCAUCAUUGCGGACAGGAUGCAACGGAUGCCUGGGUGGCUUUUCACAAUGAUCACAAAGCUGUGUGCAAGUACAUGCAGCCUCUGCUGGUGGGACUUCUUAAAGAUGAAGAGAAGAAGGAGAGUGAACUGAUAAAAGACUUCCGAGAUUUGAGAGCCAAAACGGAAGAAAUGGGGUUGUUUAAAGCCAGCCCCUUAUUUUUUUUUUCCAUCAUGCUACAUAUCCUUGCACUUGAAGUGCUGGCCUGGUUCCUCAUUUACACUUGUGGAACAAGCUGGAUCACUUUGUUAGGGGCAUCCAUUCUUCUUGUUACUGCACAGGCACAGGCUGGGUGGUCGCAGCAUGAUUAUGGGCACCUUUCAGUAUUCAAAUCAUCAUGGAUCAACCAUAGUAUGCAUAUAUUUGUCAUAAAUUUUCUCAAGGGGGCCUCAUCAUCUUGGUGGAAUUACAGGCACUUCCUUCAUCAUGCAAAGCCUAAUCGCAUGCGUAAAGAUCCUGAUAUACGAUUUGACCACUUAUUUGUACUGGGGAAAAAGCAGCCUGUUGAGUGGGGUCAGAAGAAAAAAGGGGUAAUGCCAUUCAACCAUCAGCACGAAUAUUUCUUCCUGAUAAUGCCUCCACUUCUCCUACCAUUGUACUUCAACUUUGAGAUACCCUAUUUUCUCAUCACCAGAAAACUGUGGGGGGAACUUCUGUGGAUGGUAGCAUUUUUUGUGCGAUACUGCGUGAUGUUUGCAUCUUUCCUGGGUGUUGGAGGAACUUUAGCAUUUUAUCUUUGGAUCAGGUUUUUGGAAAGCCACUGGUUUGUGUGGACAACACAAAUGAAUCACAUUCCAAUGGAUGUAGACACAGAUCAGGAUGACGACUGGGUCACUGGUCAACUCAAGGCUACUUGUAAUGUGGACCAGUCUUUUUUCAAUGACUGGUUUUCAGGCCAUCUCAACUUUCAGAUUGAGCAUCAUCUGUUUCCGACCAUGCCAAGACACAACCUACACAAGGCAGCUCCACUUGUGAAGUCUCUCUGCAAGAAGCACGGAUUAGACUACCAGUCCAAGACUCUGUUCACAGCAUUUGCAGAUAUUAUAGGGUCACUGCGCAAGUCGGGGGAGCUAUGGUAUGAAGCUUACCACAUGUAAACUGCCUGGCUUACCAAAACGCUUUUCUCCUUUUGAGAUGGGGAGGGAAGGGGUUAAAGUUAUGCACCAUUCACAAAAAAUUAUUAUUACAGUGCAUCUGAUUAUGUUGUGCAGAUUUUAUAAUACAAUCUUCUUUCCAUAACAAAUAGCAACAUUCCUUGGACAAAGUAAGUGUUGGAGCAAUGCAAAUCCCAUUCACUGCUGCAAACUGUUUAUUAGAGUUUUAAGACCUUGAAGAAAAGUGUAAAUCAUGAUCAUGUUUUAAAACUUGUUAAGGACUUGAGCUUGUAAUUUUUGUGUCAUUGCUUACACAUUUGCGAUAGAGGCUUUUUUCUCUGUUGUUACAUAUCAGUCCUUUAGAGACUUUGUCAAAUUUUUAGGUGAAACAAUACAGUAUAUGCUUUUUAUUUAUUUGUAAAGGUAAACGUCUCUUUUAUUGAAAUGGGAAUAGUUUCAAAAUGUAGUAUGUGCACUCAUUCUUCUGAUUCUCGAUUUGCAUUUCACUUGUGUACACACACGCAUAUUACUGUAUUACUGUAGUUGAAAAGUAUUCUGAGCGGUAUAUACAGCAUGAAUCUUAACAGAAGAACUGUCUUGGUGUUUGGGGAAAAAUAUAUGCACAUUGGAAAUAUCAAGCAUUUUUUAAAGUCCUAAGAUAUUUAUAACAAAUGAAUUAUUAACACGUACUUAAACAUUACAAAUUAAUAAUAAUAGCAAAGCACAAAACUAAACGUACCUUUGAGCAAGAAGACAUGCAAUACAUCAUCUCUGAUCUCUUCCAGCUGAAUUUUAGUGUUGUCUCUUUCAAUUGUUGCACAAUGCUGUCAUGUAUGAUGAAUUCUAUGUAGCAUCCCUCAUUUGUUAUAUAAUUAUGGUCCUUGGUGAUUCUCCUACCCUACUCCCCAGAAAUACGUGUGCAAUAGAUGUGGGGACCAACUGAAGCAAAACUGCCUUGAUUAGUUAGAAGCCAGUUACACUGCAUUUUGCACAGGUUGCAAAGCUUGCCUUGAGAGCAAAUCUUAAUGACUGAACGUUUUGGUUGAAGUAUGGAUUCAUAGUUAGCUUUAGCAUUACACAGCAUAUUUUUCUGGUUUUAACUAAUCUCCACCCUUGCUGCUACCCAGAUGAGAAUGGCAGGAGUAUAUUUCAAGAUGCAGCCUGGUGUUUUAAACAAUGUAGAGAUGUAAACAAAUUUAUAUGAAAUAUCCAUCUUUGUGGUUGUGACACUGUUGAUAUCUGCCGCUGAGUUAAAACCUUAGAGACCUUAAAAAAAGUUGUGAUGCACACAAGUCUGUACCUGAGCACCUGGAAGACUGCUACCUGUGUCCAUUGUCAAGUGAAUGCCAGACAUUUUGUUCUUUGCUAUCAGCUGGUCCCUGCUGUUCCUCACUCUGCCACCUCUGGCCAGAUACUUUUGUUAACUCUGCCUCAGUUCACGUUGCAUGGGAGAUUGGGUUGAAGUCUCUUGGGUGUGCUUGUGUACAUAUAUUCACUGCUUUUUUCCCCCUUCUACUGAUACUUGCCCGUCGGCUUGAGUCUACUGACUAUGCAUCUUUCCUAUACAAAUGUUAAAGAGUUGCUGAUAGUUCUUUUUCAGUGGUGUACCUAACUUUGAUGUGUAACUGAUCAUUUUCUUAAAUCUAAACUUUUACUCGUUUUCGAAAAGAUGAUUUUUAAGUAAUCGCACAAACACUUGGAUAGGGCAAAGAUAAAGGAAUUGAUGAGCAACCAUAGACCAAAGCUGUGACCUGAAUGCGUUUGAGACAUCAGAAGUUGGCGGCACUUUUUAUUUUUCCACCCACUUAUCAAUUUCCUUAGUUGGGGGAACAUUCAGAGCUAUGUUUUUCAAGUGGAUUGUGUUGCCACUAAUGGGUUGCAUGAUCAUUCAGCAAAAUAUUUAAAGGGAUGGUGCAAGAGUGGAUUUUGACUUAGUGGAAGAAUUGACUACUUAACACUUUUUAUCUGGCCUGAUUCUAAAUGGCUGAUGACUAGGUAAUGUAAUGGUGCUGUUGGAGUAAUGUUCCAAUCAUAUGUGUGCAUGCACAGUUUUACAUUUAGUAGAGAAUAUUUUUUCAGCAUGUUACAUUUUUAUAGGAUUACAGUAAACUAGAUUUCACAAAGUAGAGCAUGAUGAAGCUUCUCUCUAAAUCUGUAUUGCUUAAACUGUGGUGGCAAAUUUACAACUCUCAAGUAAUUUAUCUUUCAAGAUAUGCUGCAUUUUAUAUUAAGCAGGCCGAGCAGAUUGCACUCUCGUGCAAUUGCAGAUGUGGGUCAGUGAUUUGUGAUUUUUCAGGAUUUUGUCAAUGUCUCUGUUUUCUUGGCUUUGCUCAUUCUGAAAGUAAUAAGACAAUAAUUUAUCUACUUAACUAUUAGAGGGUGGGGGUGUGUAAUUUUUUUUUUUGUUUUUUGUUAAAUUUUAGUGUACUUUUCCCAUCCACAUAAAUAUGGCAUCUUUCAAGUUUUCAUAUUAUCUUCAUUUAUUAGGCAUCUACUCUGAUUAGAAUAUAUUGUCCAGACCAGCAUCUGCAGAGGUAAUAUGUGCAAUAUUACAAAUCUUGAUGUGCACAUUUUUAUUUUGUAUUCUAAACUUUUUUUAACAAAUUCUUAUUACAAUGCCAUACAAAUUUAGUCAUGGCAUAGGGCUUGUUUUGUUUGGGUUUUUUUGUGUAAUGCUUUGUUACCAAGUUUAUACCUUAUUUGGUAUCUUUUAUUUUCUUUUGGAUGUACCUUGAAGAUGCACAUAAAUUAUUGACCCUGUUGCAACUGUUGAAUACAUAAUGACAGCUUGAUAAACUGAACCUGGCAUCAUUAUUACAUCAUGACAAUACUCUUUUUUAUCACUAAACACUAGAUGUGCAGUCCUUUGGUUAAUAUCCUAACAAAGGAUUAUGUACUUGAGACUUUCAAUCGAAAAAAAUUGUUGAUGUUCCAAACUUUCUUUUAUUAGACGUAAUGGUUUUUGGUAUGUUAUGUCUUUCUGAGAUUGAAUAAUGUUUUUUUCUUUGUGUAAGUAUUUUUUAUCAAAAAUAAAUAGUCGUAAGCAUGAAUACUUUUGAGAGUUUGUAAAUGUUUUGGAAGCCAAAUGAAUUGCAAGUGUUCAAGCUGGAAUGUGAAUUUCUGCAUUUUUUUUCUCUCUUGUCCUAUGCAUCAUUUGACAUACUCAUUUAAUACACAGCAAUCUGCCAGGUCAAAUAUUUCCAAAAGGCAUGGACAAAAGUUGAACAAAUGAGCAAUGUGCUCAGAAGAGUGUAAGAACAUGCUUCAUCAGAAUACAUGGUUCAGUGUGUCAAGCUACAGUGAUCAUUUGUUCACUGUACAAGUUACAUCUGCUCACAUUUUCUUUCAUUCUGUAGGCAUGAGAAAAGUUGGUAACUUAUCUUUUUGCAGCAGACCUACAUACGAAUAGUUGACUCAUUGUUGUAUUUGUUCUUGUACAAAAACUGUGCUUCUUUCAGAUUCAUCAUUGCAUGGGUAUGUCAAGGAUAUGGUUGAUGUGUUUACCCAUCUACAAAUAUUAAAGAUGAUUAUGCAACGAAGAUCAUAAUGAAAAUGUCUUGCAUUGGUGUUUUUUUUAAAUGACACCUUUGUGCAUGGAGAGAUGUGUUAAAAUAGUUUUAUUUUCAUAUUAUGCUAAUAUUAAACAUUGAAGGUUUUUAAUAAAGUACUAUCCAGGGAUGUCAUUUCAGACAGCCUAGAGUUUGUUUCCACUGUGCUAUGCAAGCACUAAGAAGUAGCAAUAAAGCAGUGCUGCUAGAAGUUGGAAAACAGUUAUUUCAAAUGCAAGGAGCUAUUUGUGUUUUAGCCGGUUCCUUAGUAUCAGCAAUAUUUUAAUUCAAAUAAGCAUUUGCCACUGUGUAAAUGUUGGGAUGUGUGCAUAGUCUUAAAUGCAAGUGUAGGUGAUCUAGACUCUAGAGGAAGAUGUAUAGAAGCUGUGAGAAAAAUCAUAUCACGUAGCUGUGUAUGUAAAGCAUCAUUGCAGCCAGAAAUCAAGGGGCAAAGACAAAAAAAAAGUAGAGGGGAAAAUAAAUUAGCUUCUUUCAAUGGUGAUGGAAUUUGUAAAAGUAUAUUUCUUUACUUUGUGUCGUUAAAUUAUUUUUGUAUUUAAAUUAUUGCUGUGUAUAGGUAUUUUGAGUCCUUUUUUGAAUUUACUGAUAGUCUUAAUUGCUGGGAUUUGGGUGAACUGGUGGAACAACACUGACCUGUUAUAAGGCAGGUAGUGUGACUAGGAGGCAUCUGUCAGUGCAGCCUGAUUAAAGUAGCUAUUUGUCACUCAA